AUGGGUAAUGGCAUAAACAAGGUCCUGCCUGAUCUGUAUCUUGGAAAUCUCAAAGAUGCACGAGACAGGGAGCUGCUGGCACAGCACAACAUCACCCACAUCCUGUCCAUCCAUGACACAGCCGCACCAGUCCUGGAGGACAUGACGUAUCUGUGUAUAUCUGCUGCCGACCACUCCAAGCAAAACCUGAUUCAGUUCUUCAGAGACAGCAUCAUGUUUAUUCAUGAAUCUCGACUGAAAGGAGAGGGCUGCCUCGUCCACUGUGUUGCAGGCGUGUCCCGCAGUGUGACCCUGGUGGUGGCUUACAUCAUGACCGUGACGGGACGGGGCUGGGUCGAGUCUCUGGCGGCGGUGAGGGCGGCCCGGCCGUGUGCGGGGCCAAACCUGGGCUUCCUGCGGCAGCUGGAGGAGUUUGAAAACAUCGAGCUGACAGACUAUCGAGACUGGUGGAAGGAGCGAUACGGGAAGGUGUCGUUCAACGAUGGCGAGGAGGUGGAAAAACUUUUAACUAAGAAAUCUGAAGGCAGCAGCAGCAGCAGCAUAACGACCAGCAUCACUCCUGCACUGAGCACGAGGAUCACCUGAGUUAUAAGAGGAGAGAGAGGCGUCCGUCAAUCUCGUAUUUUAUGAACACUUGGGGACUGUGAGCUUCUGCUUGGACUCACAUCGUCGAUUCUUCAGCAGGAACACUGUCUGUACCAAAAUGCACGCAGGACAAUCAUGUGAGUGAGGGGGAUUUUUGUG